AAUCCCUAAUUUGAUCAAAUUCAACUUAUUUAUGCGAUCAAAAGCAACAAAAAAUGUGGGUUUUCGAUUCUUACCUAAUUGAAGUAAUUACUUGCGGAGAAUCGAUGAUUAAUCGUCGUUAAAGAACAACAAAAAAGAAAAGGAAGAAGAAGAGACGAUGAAGAAAAAGAAGAGAAGAAAGAAACAAUAUUCAUUAGGUUUAGGUUGAGUUUUUCGGUUUUAAGUUAAUUAUUUAGGGGUAAUAAGGUAGUAAUAUUUUGGUUGAAAUAUUCCUUAUCCACAUUUGGAGCACUUGAAUUUAUAGGAACCCUCAAAAAUUAAAAGUUUGGAGCCCCUAUAAUAGGCUUCCAGAUCUAUUGGUUGCCCAUCCCACUGGACUUGCUCUAACAUUUUUAAUUUUAGUUUUAAUUUCCAAAAUUGCUGAUAGGAAUACCAAAUUAUUUGGAAAAAUGCAUCUAGGACUUUCGAUUGGUACACCCCAUCAAUUUGGUACCCCAUUAGCAGCCUCAUUGUAUUUAUUUGGUAUGUGGAUCGGUCUGACCAAGGCGAUCCGGUAGAUCUUGUGCCGGUCCAUAACGAGACACUUCUGUAGAAAAUACAAGUUCACUUCAGAAUCUCUCAAUGUUUUUUACUUGACACCCUUAAGGUGCAGUUUUCUUGCCGCCAGCCUAAAGUUUUUCUGCAAUGAGUAGGAGAAUAAGAGCAUUCAAAAGAUGGAUGCAAUCACAAGGAAUAGAGUGGAGUAAUGGAUUAGAAUUCACAGAUGAUGAUGAAGGAGGAGGGAUUUCAGUAAAAGCUUUAUUUGAUUUAAAUGAAGGAGAUUUAGUUGCUACUAUACCUAAAAAUGCUUGUUUAACUAUUAAAACAUCAUUAGCUAAAGAUAUAAUUGAAGAAUCUGGAUUAGCUGAAUCAUUAGGACUUUCAGUUGCUUUAAUGUAUGAGAAAAGUAUAGGUGAAGCUUCAAAUUGGGCUGGUUAUCUUCAGUUAUUACCAGAUAGUGAAUGUUUGCCUUUGGUAUGGACUUUGGAUGAAGUUGAUCAGUUUUUAACUGGUACUGAACUUCACAAGACAAUGAAAGAGGACAAGACUCUUAUUUAUGAGGAUUGGAAGGAGAAUAUAAUGCCGAUUAUUAGUUCGGGACAAUUGGAUAAUGUUGAUUUGAAGUGUUUUGGUGUUGAGCAAUAUUUUGCUGCGAAGAGUCUUGUUUCUUCGAGGUCAUUUGAGAUAGAUGAUUAUCAUGGAUAUGGAAUGGUGCCAUUGGCUGACUUAUUCAAUCACAAAACUGGGGCUGAGAACAUACACUUCACUAAUGUAUCUCCCCACUCUGACUCUGACUCUGAAUCUGACAAUGAAAGUGAUGGGGAGGUAGUGGAGAAUGGGUUUCAUGAUAACUCUAAUGAUGAACCACCAUCAGUUGAAAAAGCUCACUCCAGUAGCAAUGGUUCUCCAACAGCUGUAGACAACAAAAGUUACAUGAAUGGACAUGCAGAAGGUCACACUACAUCUGAGGAUGAUCCUACUUUAAAAGAUGAUCCGACAGCAUUGGAAAUUAUAGUUGUUAGAGCUGUUAAAUCUGGGGAUGAGGUUUAUAAUACUUAUGGGACCAUGGGGAAUGCUGCAUUACUUCACAGAUAUGGAUUUACAGAGCCUGAUAACUCUUAUGACAUUGUAAAUGUAGAUCUAAAAGAGGUAAUCAAGUGGAGCUCAGACUUAUUUUCCUGCCGUUACAGUAGAGCAAGGGUUUCACUAUGGAGAAAAUUAGGUUGCUCGGGAUGUGUCAGUGAAAACUCUGAGUACUUUGAGAUCUCUUCAGAUGGAGAACCUCAAAUUGAGCUUCUAAUUUUACUCUACAUCAUCUUCUUACCCGAAAAAACGUAUGAUAAGCUGAACCAGUCAGUACCUUUUGUUGAAGACGUAAACAAAACAGUAAACAUUCUUCUGUCGGAAGAUUAUAGUAACAAAAAAGUUUCGCUGGUAACUCCAGAAAAUGUGAACAGUUUGUUGCUCACAAAAAAGGUUUGUGAUGCACUUCUUUCACUUGCAGAUAUUCGAGAAAGUUUUUAUGGUGUCAACUCCAUCAGUGAUGAUAUAGAGGCAUUGAAGAGGUGUUCUUGUGUUAGAGAGAGGAAGUUGUAUCAUUCUUUGGUCUUACGUGUGAGCGAGAGGAAGAUCAUUAAGAAGCUGAGAACUUAUGCUUCAAAAAGAUCAUCUAAGCCAAAGAAGAGAUAGUUGUUUGAAAACUUGAAGAAACUGUUGAGUGAGGUGAAUUACUUUGGAGAACUUAGGUGCAGACUUAUCUGCAGUUCAGGUUAUACGUGUAAGAUCAUUCAAGCGGGAGAAGAGACUGGUUGUAAGAAAACUUGAGAAGAAUAUGAAGCUUUGCAGACCUGUAGGAUAAGACUCGUUUGCCAUUCAGCUUACAAGUACAGCAAACGCAGGACGUAAAAAUUUGGGUUCUGUUCUCAUUCGAGUCAAAAGUUUUGGCAUAUAUCAUACCGAGGUAUGUCUUAUAAUUUUCCUUAAAUUUGUGCCAGAGACAGCAGUUUUGUUUUAGUAGGAACCAAUGGGUUACUGGGAUUUUUAAUUGAAACAUUCUUUUAUUCAAGUGUUUCCAGUUUUACUGUGUUCUUUAACUUAAGUUAUAUGUGUUUGAACUUUGAAUCCUGUACAUAUGCACAAAAUGGAGGUGCCCUGAGCAACCAAUGGUCUUUACGGAGAUUCGAAAUUGAUGGUUAGCCCCUUGGGCAACUGAUCUUUUCUCACUUGGAUCCAAGUAGUAUUAAGAUAGGACCCUUUUUUUCAGAGAGAGAGAACAAGUAUGUGGAUGGCAUAGAUAUUUAUAUUAUCCAAUCCCAAGGAAUUAAAAUUAAGAUAUAUUCCAAUAAUAAGAAAACAAAAACAUAUGGCUAUACAUUGAUAUUGUUAUGCAUAUUGAAAGAAAAGAAAUCAAUACCACUUUUAAGUUUCAAAAGCUGCAGAAAAAUGGACAAGCUUUCACUGUGUAACAGUCUCUCUUCUACUGUUAUGUUACCAUCCUGUCACCACUCAUCAUCGCGUGAACUCAAAAUCCAACCAGUUAUCACUAAAAACCGUUUUACAACUUUGGCGAUUAAAUCUGAUGGUUCAGUUGCUGCUUCAAAGGGGUGCAAAGCUUGUCGAGGCCAAGGCGCGAUAGAAUGCCCAGGGUGCAAGGGAACUGGAAGGAAUAAGAAGAAUGGGAACAUCUUCGAGAGAUGGAAGUGUUAUGAUUGCCAGGGAUUUGGCAUGAAAGGUUGUCCGAAUUGUGGUAAGGGUGGACUUACUCCAGAGCAGAGAGGGGAGAGAUAAAUCAUAAAUCCGUAAAUGUGAAAAGUCUGCAGUUAACACGGGUACUCUAGUAUUCGCUGAGAGUUAGUUGGCUUCUACUUAAUGGCCUUCUCGAACUCUAUUUGUAACUUGGUUGUACUUGUGUCUUGUGCAUUCGUUAGUCGUUCAAGAAGAAAACAAAUGUUUACUAGUUCUUUUGUA